AUCAGUCUAGCCACUCUGUUAGACAUGUCUAGACAGAUCGCCAGUGGUAUGAAAUACUUGGAAUCCUGCGGACUCGUGCACGGAGACUUGUCGGCUCGCAAUUUGGUCAAAAUAACGGACUUAUCGAAAUGCAUGUCAGUUUAUAAAGGGGAUUAUUAUUGUUCUUCGCCAACUUCAACGCCGAUGCCCGUCAGAUGGAUGGCUCCCGAAGCUCUCCUAUUGGAGGAGUUUAGCAACAAGAGUGAUGUGUGGUCGUAUGCAGUGACCUUAUGGCAGCUGAUGACGUUGGCUCGCUACAAGCCCUACCACCAACUUGACGACUGCCAAGUUAUCGAGAACUCCUUGAAACAGAGGCCAAUCAAAUCUCUUACUGGCAGUUGCAUCUAUCUUCAUCAGCCAAUCAAAUGUCCCCUCGAGGUCUACGACCUAAUGAUGACGUGCUGGAAGGCGGAGCCAAAGAGCAGACCAACUUUUGCGGAUAUUUAUAACUUUUUUUCGAUUAAAACAGGCCUUCGAGAAAACGACGACUACAGAGAGAGCGUGAAAACUGCCCACGAUAAUGACGACGACGACGCGAGUGGGGACUAUGACAACAUUUGCAAGUAUCUAAACGGCAACAUAGUCUAG